UGGAUAUUGUAUAGUGCUGAUGCUUCUGGCUGAGUGUUUAAGGAAAUUGAGACUAUCAUGGAUGAGUACGACACGACACGAAGCAUUAGGUCAGAACGUUCCUGGUUACGUGGUACAUGUGGUGGAUAUGGAUUAAACAACAAGCAAACUGCACAACAAGUGUCUGUACAAUACUAGGAAGUGAGCAACUCAGACAAGAUUUGUGUGGCCACAGAAGGCCUUCAUCAGUAACCCAAGCCUUGAGUUUGAGACAUUGCUGUUAUGCCAGAGACAUUGUUGUUAAGAUUUAUCCUGUAGCUCGGCAGAUUCUCAGAAUGUGGUAUAUGUGAGGGAUAACUGCAAUGAAGCCGUCAGCCAGCAUGUGUCGAUGCACCAUGAUGACUCGCCAGUGGAGGAGAAUCGAAGGUGUCAUCAUGAGGUCAUCAAUGUUAUUGUGUGUGUGGGGACUCGUAUGAUACACCACCUGUAGGUACCAGGGUAAACACUAGUGAGACCAAGAUUCCAUACAGCUGCAAUCAUGUAGAAUCAUCAGGAUUCCGGGUGGCACUUAAUCUCCGUAGUAAUACCCCAGGAAACUUAUCAGUAGGAGAAAUGAAGAUCUGUACGGGGAAGGACAGCUGUGUCAUGGAGGAUAAGACAGGUCUGCCCGGGGGAGAUGAUCCCCUGGGGUGUGGGGACAAACCCCUAUCCUUCAUGGCAUCUCCCAAGGGAAAAAAACGGGUCACACUCUCUCUAGAGGCUGGUGGAGGUGAGGAUUAUCCGGAAGAUGACAUGGAUGAAUUUGAAAAUGAUGGCGAUGAGGCAUAUGAUGAUGUGUUCUUACCAGAUGAUUAUAGCGAUCAGAUGGACAGUUACAUAGGGUCUGAGGGGGAGUAUGAUGAUGUCAGUACAGUCACUGCAGGCCAGAUUGAACAAGAAGAGGAAGAGGCUCGUACCAUUGAAAGAUCUUUUACAUCAGGUUCAUCACAAGGGGAGGCAACCCCUCAAUGGAGCAGCCAGAUUGAGUAUAUUUUGGCCUGUUCAGGUUUUAUGACAGGACUUCAUGGUGUUCUCAAAUUCCCAGAGUUGGCUAAAGUUCAUGGUGGAGGUGUUUUCUUUAUGGCAUAUCUGAUACUGGUGAUGGUUUGUGGCUUCCCACUUUGCUACAUGGAAAUGAUACUAGGACAAUACUCCAGGGGCGGCCCAAUCACAGCCUGGGAAGUUGUACCAUUGUUCAGAGGAGUUGGUUCCAGUGUGAUCCUAGUGUCGGUGGCUGUCAGUGUCUAUAACCAUGUAUCCCUGCUGUAUGCUGUGUACUACCUGGUAACCUCACUGAUGUCUAUAAUGCCCUGGACAUGUCUCUCCACAACAGACAGAUGCUGGCCGUUUCCAGAUGUGAACCGGUCGGGUAUGGAUGUCGUAAACCAAGAUGACUACAACUUGUAUUUAUCACACAACGUAUCGACCAUGCCAAGCUUUCCUUUGGAUGUCAUUGCUAAUAAACAGCAUCAGUUUUUCUAUGCUGAUGUCCUGCAAAUCUCGCGUGGUCUGGACAUGAUCGGUCAGCUACAGUGGCCACUUGUGCUGUGUCUCAUUAGUGUCUGGACUGUCAUUUUCCUUGUGACCAUUGCUGGACCAAGGUCAUUUGGCAAGGUGGUGUAUAUGACAUUUGGACUAAGUGUUGGUUUGUUCUUGUCACUGUUGGCACGUUGUUGUCUAGAAGAUGGAGCUAUCAUAGGCAUCAAGUUCUUCCUCAGCCUACAAUGGACUACGCUAGGUAAUCCCCAGCUGUGGAGAGAUGUUGGACAGUUGGUCUUUAUGUCCCUGGGACUUGGGACGGGUUGUUUGACGACCUUAGCCAGCUAUACUCACUUCCACAGUCACUGCUUUAGGAAUUCUCUGAUCAUCAUGCUGGCCCACCUGUUUGGAGUGAUUCUUACUGGAUUUACAAUGUUCUCCAUGCUGGGAGUGUAUAGUCGGAUCAAGCAGGUGGAAAUACCGAAUCUCAACUUCUCAUCAUGGGAGCUUGUAUUUACUAUAUUCCCGUCGGUGUUAAAUAAGGUGGAGGCGUCCAGGGUAUGGCUAGUGGUACUAUUUCUAUUACUCGUCCUAGUCGGUCUACAUACACAGUGUGUGUACGUAGAGAACGUGUUGUCAGGCAUACUGCUCGUACUCCGAAACAAGAGACUGUUCCGUUGGAAAUACUUGGUACAGCUGGUGACAUGUGUAGUACUGAUGAUCCUGGGAUUGAUGUUUACAUCACAGGCUGGACUUUAUCUGGCCCAUCUAGUGACCAACAGUGUCUGCAGAGUUGACCUGUUCCUAGUCACUGUCGUCGAAUGCAUCGUCUUGACGUGGCUGUAUGGCACGCAGCGACUAUCCAACAAUGUGUCUGACAUGACAGGCAGUGUGGACAGUCCCUGGUGGAAGAUCACAUGGCAGUUCUUCACACCACUGGCAACAUUGGCCUUGUUGGUGCUGACCAUAGUAAUUGACAGUCGACUCACCUAUAAAUCAUAUCUGUAUCCAGAUUGGACAACACCAAUAGGAUGGAUUUUUACCUUCAUUCUUGUCUUACCUGUUCCUGUGGAGAUGGUUAGGGUUCUUCUGAAGGGAUCUGACCCCUUGAUGGAGAGAAUAAAGCGGGUAAAGGCAACACCUAUUGGUUGGGGUCCGGGACCCUUGGCCAAUGAUGAACCAGACAAGGACCUACCUGAGUAUGUGAUCUGUACUCCAGAUAUAUACAAACCACAACAUGCACUGGCCUUGUUAACCGCUAACCUAUACAUACCAAACCUGAGUAACCUGGUCACAGCCGUGGAAACUGAGGAUGCUGACAUGACAAACGGCUACCUGUCAGAACUGACCACUCUGGACAGUGGAGACAAUGAGGAGCCAGAGGAGGACAGUAAUUACCGUGGUAACUGGAGCAGUCGCCUUGACUUUGUCCUCUCUUGUCUGGGAUAUGUGGUUGGCCUUGGCAAUGUAUGGAGAUUUCCAUAUCUCGUCUACAAAAACGGUGGAGGAGCAUUCUUCAUUCCUUACGCGAUAAUGCUGGUGUUCUGUGGUGUGCCAUUGGUCUAUUUGGAGCUGGCCUUUGGACAAUAUGCUAGUUUGGGGCCUAUCACUGUGUGGAAGGCUGUACCUUUAUUUAAAGGAAUUGGUAUUUCAAUGGUGCUGUCCUCGACGAUCGUCUCUAUCUAUUAUAACAUGGUGAAUGCUUGGGCAUUCCACUUCCUGUUUGCAUCAAUGACAGGAGUAUUACCCUGGCUUGGCUGUGACAACUUUUGGAACACCGAAGCAUGUAGCACAAACCAGUACCAUGUAAACAACUGUUCUUGGAUUAACCAGACUUAUUUUGAAGAUGGGAAUUUUACUUUAAAUGAUUCUUGCGUGUCAGUGGUAACAAACUGUAGUUACUAUGGAAACAACGAAACACAGUUACUGCAGAAUUGUAUCGAAAGUCUCCAAGGUAUUUUGGGAAAAGACAUUUUGUUGGAUCAGCCAAAAUAUGAUGGCUCUCGAACAAGUCCAACAGCGGAAUAUUUUUUCAACCGUGUACUGGGCAUGACAGGGAAAUCUCUCGGUAAUCUUGGUUACAUUCAAUGGGAGUUGGCACUUUGUCUAAUGCUUGCCUGGGUCAUUGUCUUCGUGUGCUUGAUAAAAGGCAUUAGAACAUCGGGAAAGGUUGCCUAUUGUGUUGUAACGUUUCCUUACAUCAUCAUUUUCGCUCUCCUGAUACGUGCAUUUAUGAUGGAUGGCUUUAUGAAAGGGAUCAAAUUUUACGUCACACCCAAAUGGGAGCGGUUAAAAGAGCCCGGUGUGUGGGCAGAUGCUGCUGUUCAAGUUUUCUUUUCAUUAUCAGCUUGUAUGGGAGGUCUGACUACCUUAGCAAGUUAUAAUAAAUUCCACAAUAAUAUUUACAGUGAUGCAAUACUCGUUUGCCUGGGUGACACAUUGAUGAGUGUGCUAGCCGGAUUUUCUGUAUUUGCCAUGAUGGGUGUCCUCAGCAACGAACUCAACACGUCAGUCGAGAAUGUCAUAGACUCUGGUAUUGGACUGACGUUCAUAGUUAAUCCUGCAGCCAUGUCUUUCUUCCCUGCGGCCCCUGUGUGGUCGCUGUUGUUCUUCCUCAUGAUUGUCAUGUUAGGACUAAGUACGCAGUUUGUUAACAUUGAGACAGUAAUCACUGCUAUUAUCGACGAAAACAUCACGUUAUUACGACGACGACGGGUCCUCAUAGUGUCUCUGUUAUGUGGGUCCUUGUUUCUGUUGGGACUUCCUCUCACCACACAGGGUGGUAUGUAUGUACUUCAACUAAUGGAUGAAUAUGCAGCGGGUUUUCCUACCCUAAUCAACGGAAUCUUUGCAUGUGUGGCCAUUGGCUGGGUGUAUGGAGUAAAGCAGUUUUCUCGUGACAUCAAACACAUGGUUGGACGCAGUGUUAGUUACUGGUGGCAGGCCAUGUGGUGUUUCAUGACACCUCUAAUCAUUAUAUUUAUUCUGAUAUUCUCUGUGAUUGGCUAUAAACCGCUGUCUAUAAAGUAUGAGACGGAUGCCUACCCUGACUGGGCCGAGAUCCUAGGAUUCAUCAUCACACUUACCCCUGUCUUAGCCAUUCCUGUUUGUGGUAUAUUCCAGGUUGUUACCAGGGAAGGUUCCUUGUUGCAGCGGUUAAAGAAAAGUUGUCAUUCCGAAUCUAACUGGGGACCGGCCUUGGAACGUCACUGGAAGAAUAUUGAGUACUUUCCUACAGUGAAUACCCACACUAUGGUUGAGGAUAUAGAACAUUCUCUUCUUCACACCGUAACAGAUAAUGUUGAUUUCACCACGGUUGGUGUUCGUGUACCAAGUCUAUCCCAAACAAGUCUGCUUCCUAAAUCCCUGUCCCCCAAGAAACCCCGUGAUAUGAGGGAGCGUGCAAUCCUCAACCAUGCCUACAGCAACCCACAGUGUCAUCAAUCAACAGCUUCCAUAGAAAAGUCAUCGCUAUCUUCAACAUCUUCAUCAAGUAGUAGUUGUCAUGGUGAUGAGAAGGUACCGUGUUCAAGUCCCAAUGAUGACAAACUUCCUUCAUGCAGUCACAACGACAACUUUUUCUUUGGCCCAGAUAUUAUUGUGGUUCCACGGAACAAGACUAAAGUCCAGAUGUGCAAUGCUUCGACACAAACAGACCCGCAGUUGACCAGGAAAUUCUCUUCUAAAAAACAUCUAACGACAUCUUCAAGAAAAUCAUCAACAUCCUCUUUUUCUUCACAAUCUGUAAGUCACCAAAGCAGCAUAAACAAUAACUCACCAGCAGUCUUGGAGGUGGAGGUCACACAGCUUUGACCUAGACCUUGACCUUUGUAAUGAGAUGAAGUUAUACAUAAACAAUAACUCACCAGCAGUCUUGGAGGUGGAGGUCACACAGCUUUGACCUAGACCCUUGACCUUUGUAAUGAGAUGAAGUUAUACAUAAACAAUAACUCACCAGCAGUCUUGGAGGUGGAGGUCACACAGCUUUGACCUAGACCUUGACCUUUGUAAUGAGAUGAAGUUAUACAUAAACAAUAACUCACCAGCAGUCUUGGAGGUGGAAGUCACACAGCUUUGACCUAGACCCUUGACCUUUGUAAUGAGAUGAAGUUAUACAUAAACAAUAACUCGCCAGCAGUUUUGAAGGUGGAGGUCACACAGCUUUGACCUAGACCCUUGACAUUUGUAAUGAGAUGAAGUUAUACAUAAACAAUAACUCACCAGCAGUCUUGGAGGUGGAGGUCACACAGCUUUGACCUAGACCCUUGACCUUUGUAAUGAGAUGAAGUUACAUAAUCAUUGAACAGGCUAUCACUUGCCAUUACAUGUUAGACUUUGACUUCUUUUGUGGCCUAUAGAGGCUUGCUGUAACCGUGUAUUUUGGUUUGAACUACGGGUGACCUUUACCUUGUCAAAUGUUGUGUUAAAGUGCAAGGCCAGGGAUAAAAACCAAAAUUUUGAAUAACAGGAUGAUGUGUGUAUCAACAGUGUUAAACGACAGUGUUACAUGAUGUUUGCAUAUUUCUGUUUUUAUUAUUUUUUUCAUUUUUCAUUUAUUUAUUUAUUUAUUUAUUCAUUUUUUUUAGAUUUAAAAUUCAUAACAUCAUUAAUGAUACUGUACACUAAUAGCAAUGUACUGUUGUUUGUAAUCUUGUUGGAGACAAUAUUUUACUCCUGUACUGUAAACGAAUAUUCUGCUAAUAUGUGUAUGCCUAUAACAACAUGUACCAUAUAUUUCUACUACCUUAGUCAAACAAGUCUGCCAUGCAGUCAGCAGAUAAUUAUCAAAAUCAUGUUUCAAACUACACAUGUGUUAGUUAAUUUAUAGGAAAGUAUUUCCUUUUCUCCCCCAAAAUAUCGCGAAUGUCUAUGAAGAAUCAUUUGUAUUUAAUAUAUAUGUCUUCAAAACAUUCUAUGAAAACCUUAUUUUUAUAUUUUAUAUUGUUUUAAAGCCAUGUGAUCAUGAUAUACAUGUUACACCUACAGUGUUGAUAUGAUAUACAUGAACAUUUUUGUAAUUUUUUUAAAAACAUUUUUAGGCAUAUGAUAUAAUAUGCAUUGUUUUCUUUUUUAAAACGUAUGGCAACAUAACUCCUAAGAUUUUUAUUAUUAAUUCAAAGAAAAAGUAUUGAUUUAAUCUGUGGAUUGAAAGUUUAAGCAUUUUUAAUAUAUCAAAGAUAAAAAAAAGUACUGUAUACUUGAGUGAUUUUAUGCAUUUUGUAAGGAUCAAAAAGCCAAUGGCUUAAUGGAAAAUUAGCAGUAUGUUAAUGAAUGAUUUUGUUUUCUUUUUUUAAUAUUUAACAUUUUAAUGUUGUACAGAUAUUUAUAACCUCAUACAUACAGUAUUGAAGACUUAAAUGUUGAUUUACACCAUCAGUUAACUUUUAAUUAAGAAGUUUUCACAUAUCUGUUGAUAUUCAUGGAGUUUAUUUGUGAACCUAACAUUGUAUGAAGUCCUGUAACCUGUACACACGAUAUGCCAUAUCAUUCCACAAUACUGUCUGUGUACGAUCUGUUUAUACUUUAUGAUAAAUAGACAUACAUAUAUUCUACAAAGUGCUGCAUGUCUGUUACUGUGGACUGGUUGCCUUGGUAAUUGCUUGAAUAAUAUUCAACAGAAUUUUACCUGCCAUACAUGUAAUUACUAUUAUCACAAAUCGACUUGGAGAACUCGACACAAAUUAAAAAACAAUUCACUAUUUGCAUUUUUUUCAUAUGUUACUAUUGUUACACCUAUACAUUGUUAUAUGCAAAUAGAAAAUUGUUUUAUAAUGUACAUUUAACCAAAUAGAAUUGGAGUUAUUAAGGGACAAUGUAUUAAAAUGAACUGAAGUAUGGUGAAAUAAAUGGAUGUACAAUGUUUAAACUUUUUGUAUUACAUUAUAUGUGGCUAAUGUUAUGUAUGUACCUCCAAUAAUAGAAAGUUUUUGUAUGUCUUUUUAAUUGCAGUUAAAUAUUUUCAAAUGCAGACAUGUGUGCAUGUAAAUAAUAAGCCAUAUUUCUAUAUAAAUGUUUGAUUAGAACUGUUAUAGUAAAUCAUCACUGUGCAUAUCUUUAACAUUGGAUUAUUUUAUAUUUAAAUAUUCGCCAUGGUGUAAAAGAAGCAAAAAGGAUUUCAAGUAAUUUUGUAGAUAUGGGAUAUAUGUAAAUAUAUGUAUUGCAAAGUCCAUUGUGAACCGUUUUCAGGCACUCAAUCAAAUGUCUUAUUACCAAGUUUUAGAUAUUAAAUAUACCUAUGUUGUUACAUGCAUAUCAUAUACCAUAAAAAAAACUUAAAUGAAAUUUAAA